AUGCCGGUGAAGAAGUGCCUUACCGACGCGGAUUUCAAUGGAGCUGUGGGCGCAGCCGGCGGAAGGCCCUAUGUUGUCGACUUUUAUGCGGAUUGGUGUGGACCGUGCAAGAAAAUUGCGCCCGUCUUCGAACAGCUCUCCAACAAAUAUCUUGGCGUCGAUUUCAUCAAAGUGGAUGUGGACAAAUGCCAAGAAGUGGCAGCAACGAACGGAGUCUCGGCGAUGCCCACUUUCGUCAUGUUCGUCAACAAAAGCAAGGUCGAGGUUUUGCGAGGGGCUGACCCAAAUGCUUUGGAAGCGAUGAUUCGCAAGUACGCUGAAGUGAGCACGUCGAGUGAAGCGCCUGGUUACAUCGAUCUUCAUCCAUUCAUUGAAAAGCAACAAUCUGAGGCACUCAACAACGACGAUGACACCCCGUUGGAGGCUUUUCUUGACGGUCGAGGGAAUCUGAAAUCGGAUUGUGAUGAGCAGCUGAUCAUCUCGUUUCCUUUCAAUCAGCCGGUUAAGAUUCACUCAGUUAUGUUGAAAGGACCUGGCAAACUGGCUCCAAAGAAAAUCAGACUAUUCAUCAAUUUGCCGAAAGCCCUUGAUUUUGACCACGCUCCUGGAGCUGAAGCCACACAAGAAUUCGAGUUGGGACCGAGCACGAGCUCUGACAACGGCGAAGUUGUGGAGCUACGGUUUGUGCGAUUCCAAAACGUGCAAAAUAUUCAAGUGUUUAUCGAGAACAAUCAAGGAGGCGGUGACGUGACCGAGUUGUGUGCGCUCAAGUUCUACGGUCAGCCACUGUCCGCUGUGAACAUGAACGAUUUCAAGCGCGUCGCAGGGAAAGCUGGCGAAGCUGGACAU